AACCCAACCAUCAAGAGAGACGACCGUACCAUACCGUACCUCGUGCAAUUUGUGGGAUAACAUUUAUCACAUAUUUUUAUAUUGAUUUUCUGAUACAGAAAGGAAUCCGCCAUUCUGUUAGCACGUUGGACGCCCUUUAAGUUGUUUCGAUUAAAGUGACUUUAAGGCUAACUAAUAUUACACAAGAUGAUUUCCCCAAUGGUUUGCGAAAAGUUCUGGGCAGAUAAAUCUAAUUAUGACAAUGCCGAAAAAAAGUAUUAUGAAUAUUUAUCUCAGAUGAAUUCCUUUCCGGCACAGUGCACAUUAGCGUCGGAGAUCUCUAAGGCUAGACAGCACAUCAAAAAUUCGCUAGAGAGAAUGGAUGGCAUUGCAGCUCUUGCCGCUAGUCCAGGUGCUGAAUUGCUGGAUCGUCUGUCUACCGUAGAAAAGGAGAAUGAUAAAUUGCGUUCAGUCAUCGAUGGCCUAAACAACCUCGUAAUAGAUUUGCAUGCACGUGUCAAGGCAUUAGAAUCGGGAUUAAAAACAGUGCCAACACCAGUAACAGUGACGAAGUCAGCACCUGCACCAAUUAAGAAUGCCACUACUACUGACGAUGCUGAUGACAAUGACGUGGACCUGUUUGGUUCCGAUGAUGAGGAAGAAGAUAAGGCUGCGGCUGAUUUGCGAGAAAAACGUUUGGCUGAAUAUGCAGCUAAAAAAUCAAAAAAGCCAGCUUUGAUCGCCAAGUCAAAUAUUAUCCUCGAUAUAAAGCCCUGGGACGAUGAAACUGAUAUGAAACUAAUGGAAAAAGAGGUCCGCAAAAUUAGCAUGGAUGGAUUAUUAUUGGGAGCUUCCAAACUAGUUCCGCUGGCAUAUGGAAUUCAUAAACUGCAGCUGUCGUGUGUUAUCGAAGAUGACAAAGUUUCUGUGGACGAGCUGCAAGAACAGAUAGAAAAAAUUGAAGACUAUGUCCAAAGCGUUGAUAUUGCUGCAUUCAAUAAAAUCUAAAGCAGUUUUUUAAUCACAUUGUAUGUUCACCUUUCUUUCAAAUUGAUUAUCUUAUUGUGAUGUUCUAGAUUCAUGAUAAUUCCUGCAAAAAGUCAGCAAAUCACUGUUCUGAAUAAAAGGUUUUUGAACUGA